AUGGCACGCAACCACACCAGGAGGAGUUUCCUGCUCAUUAUUGCGGCGCUGCAGCUGACGGCCGCCUUCCCAGCCGAGAAAACACUUGAGCCAGCUGUGGCCAUUCCUCUCAUUACACCUGCUCCCACGCCAGUUGUUCUGGGAGGGGACCCUCAUCUGCAGAAGCGGAACGUUGUUGACGAUAUCACGUCGAAGCUCGAUGGAUAUGUGAACUCGGUAUUCUCAGAACUUGGCUCGGCAAUUCCCUCCUAUGUGUCUGACGGACUCUUCCCUCACUUUCAAGACUUACCUACGGGAAGUCAAGUACUGAGCUCAGCCAAUGUAUCGAGUUCGGACCUACAAGCGUCUCCUACUCAGGUACUGAACAUCCCGGGUUAUGCGAACUGGACAAAUGACCAAUGGAACUUGAGGUUCCACGGCAAUGUCUAUAAGCAGCCAAAUAUCUCAAACGACACCAUCGAUAACUUGGCCAACUUCUUCUUGAUCGACACCAGCGUCGAGCAGCUGCCACCUUCACAAGCGGAUCAGGCUCGAAACCUAACGAGGUCUAUCUACGUGGUUCAACAGGCAAAUGAGAAUGUUACAAUGGAUCUCGAGCCCGCCCCACUGGCUGGCGGAGAUGGUGAGUCUGGCGGCGGUGGUGGAGAGACUCCUGCCGGUGGCUCGCAGUCGGUACGGCUACCGUACGAGACAACUCCAGAAGGAGACUUCGACGUCUUUGUACCACUUCAGAAUGGCUCUGGCGGCCUCCAGCCCGGUGACGGUGACCGCCCACCGCAGCGCCUGAACGUCUACGCCCAAGGCACCGACACAGGCAAUGCUACAUCCUACCUCGUGUCCGAAGAAGGCCUCACCAUCAUCAGCGACAUCGACGAUAUCCUGCGCAUCACCAAAAUCUACGAGCCAAAGGAAGGCCUCCUCAACUCCUUCGCCCGUCCCUUCACCCCCUGGAUGAACAUGCCUAACAUCUACCGCAACCUUUCUGAGAGCCUCCCCAACAUGCACUUCCACUACCUCACCACGACCCCAGAACAGGUCACACGCAACUACAUGAAAUUCAUCUACGACACCUACCCCGGCGGCAGCUUCGACACCCGGCCCCUCAACUUCAGCGAUCUAAGCGCCACGCUCUCGAUCCGCAAAUUCCUGCUCGACAAGGUCUUCCAAACCUUCCCGCAGCGCAAAUUCAUCCUCGUCGCCGACACCUCCAACUCGGACGUCAUGAGGGACUAUCCGCAGAUGGCCACCGACUACCCGGGCCAGGUGCAGUGCAUCUGGCUGCGCAACACCAGCGCCACGGACUCAGGCGACAGGUUUCCUUACAAUACCGAUGGCUUCAAGGAUUUGGAUAACAGCACGUAUAUGUUCUUCCUCGUGCCGGAUGAUCUGACGGGGUUGGAUGUGGCGGGUGGACAGUGUCGCAAUGCGAGUAUCCCGCAGAAUCUGACGUUUGGUUACCAGGGGUUGCCGUUUGGGUUUGGGAAUGGGGCGCCGGGUAUGGGCGUGGGACAGUUAGGUGGCUGGAUCUGGGCGGGUGCUUUAGUGCUGGCGUUGAAUGUUCUGGAUAUUCUGUGA